AUGGAGAUGGUUGAGGAGCAGUCUGCGAAUGGGGACUACGUGUAUGCACUCCCAGGUCCUUUGCCACAUGCUCCACCUGCAAACCUUCCGCAAGAAGUGCUCAGCCCUCUGCCGAGUGCUGCUGCCUCUGGUAACCGCGAAGAACAAGAAGCCAAGAGCCCCUCGAGCAAGAUUCGAUUGAGCGGUGAGCUACCCAAUUUCCAUUUGGUUUCCAGGCUUCACGUGCACAAAAUUGCCAUUUUGCUGAUCGUAUGGAAUAGUAAAAACGCCUGUAGCAUGGGCAGUGGGCUGCCAGUUAAAAGGAGGCCAGCAAACGAGACUAAACCAUUUGAAUAUGUAUGA